GUCACACUUGAUUGCAACAACUUAUCCACUUUAGCGCGCUUCCAUACUUCUGCCUGCUGGCGAGAUGCCAGGCACCGUGGCAUCCCCGUAUUGGUUCUCGGAGACCUUCGGGUUCAGCGAGGAGAGCUUCGACAAGACCCGUGAGAAGUUCACCUUUGCCGAUGGGAUUCUGGAAAGCAAGGUCACAAAGCGCCAGUUCCAUGUCGGGCCUUUCGAGCUGGUCUCAGUGGAAGAGCUGCGGGGAAGGCUGGCAGGCUUUGAUGGAAGUUUGGGAGGUUUGACCUUCAGCAAUGUUUGCGGGAAUGCCCAGACGCUGCACCGAGACGCGGCCAAUGAGGGCGCUGUGUUCCAGGUGGCCUCGCAAUUCAACUGCCUGGAGAUGAACGAGCCUGGCGCACGCCCAGAGGAUGGAGUGACCCGCUACUACAGCGAUGCCACACAGGGCCCAGCAUGUGCUGUGAGCUGUCCAGCGGGCACUGUCUUCCGGAACUACUUCGUGAACGGCAGUGGCCAAGGGCGAGGACGUCAGCUGGAUGGCUUGGCAGAGAUUGGGGAACUGGUCAACAACGCCAAAGAGAAGUAUUGGCGGAUGGUGAAUGGAUACUGCCUGCCCACAGACUCCAAAAGCUUGGCGCGGUUGGGCCAACGAAUCAAAGAGGACGAGAAACUCUCGGAUGAGAUUCGCAACCGCCUGCGGAUUGGUGUCCACUGGGACACUGAAGUGGCGAACAAAGAGCACCGUGUUUGCCAAGUCUUUUGCUCCGCCUUGCCCGUGGCCUAUGCGAAGAGCACCCGAUCCCAAGACUGGGAAGCUUUUGCACGCUUGGUGCUUCAAGGGACUUUUGAAGCCACUUUGGCCAUUGCUGCCAUCCUCAGCGCAGAGCGGCAAGCACGCGUGAAGGUCUACCUCAGUGCAGUCGGGGGUGGCGCCUUCGGGAAUCGCACCCUGUGGAUCGUGGAUGCCAUCGAACGAGCCCUCAGGACUCACGCAGAUGCACCGCUGGACGUGAUGUUGGUCCACUUCAGCUCAGUGCCACGGGGUGCAUACGGAGACCUGGAGAAGGGCAGAAAGAAGAUCCGGCCGGCGCCCAAGACGGCCCCAGCUCCAGAGGCGACGCCCGCCGCGCCCAGCGAGGGCGAUGCCCGGGCCGGACCAGAUGAGGUGGAGGCACCGACGCUGACGAAGACAGACAGUGAUGGAGUGCUCAUCGCCAAAGCCUUUGCCAAGCUAGACCUGAAUGGCGAUGGGGUGAUACUGGAAGAUGAGAUGGCGGCCGUCCUGAUCAAGAUCGUUCCCGGUCUGGACGCCGAGGGAGUGAAACAGAUCUUCACAGCAGCAGACGCCAAUGCAGAUGGGGAGAUUCACUACGUGGAAUUUGCCUCCUGGGUGACCAGUGGCAUGGCAAGCAUGAGAAUGUGUUGGGAGAUUUGGAUGUGGAGUCUUUUCCAAUGUUAUUAAUUGUAGCUGCAUAUGCCCCUUGUUGUGGAUAUGGGUCAACCUACAGGGGAACAGCUCCUCUCGUUCUGAGAGAAGCUAUGUGGAUGUGGUAUGACGUGGUUCUCAAGUUCACUAGAAACACAACGCCUAGGUGAAAUUCUGAUCCGGAGUGUCAUGGGAGAGCUGGUGGGGUGCGUGUAGCGGAUGGGGCCCCAAUUUAUGCAUCUCAACUAUCAAAGGCUCCACUAAGACUGCUGAUCAUCCACCACUCCCAGACAGCCUCACCACGAAGGGACCUUCAGGAGAAGAUGCUGGUGCAGUGGCCAAAGAUGUUUUAAAGCUGGCAGAGGCUGCGUCUGAAGAGAAGAAGGAAUAGUCCGACAUGGUCUUGCAAUUCCAUCCAAUGUCGAGGAGGAUCGAUUGAUCGGAAUUGUGCACAAUAUGUUUCACGCACCUACUCCACGAGACUAAUAAAGUCUUCGGAACCACCAACAUAUCAUUACUGAAAAGGA